AGAUGUCUGAAAUCUCUAGACAAUACCUGUAGUGAUACAUACCUCGUGGGAGUUUUAGAUUCCGGCGAUUUAACGAUAUCCGAUUUCUUGAUUUGUUCAUCUUGAGCUGGUAUUUUGACAUACUCAUGACACGAUGGAUACUAAAGAAGAAGCCAACGGAAACGACGCGUUCAACGACGCUUUAAUCACAUUAGCAUCCGCAGCCCUAACCAGAGAUUCGAUGCCGGUGGUCAAGAAAGAGAUACCAACACCGCAGCCACCCAGCAGCGGUACACCUUCGCCCAUAGAAGAACCGCCAUGGCACGACGUCGGUAUCUUCAGCGCCACCUCGUGCAUGGUGAAUCGUUUUUUCGUCUCAGACAGGACCAACGAUCACGCCACCACUACGUCCGAAAACCUGCCAGAUUAUAGUAAUUUAGGCGUUAUGGAAUUACUGCCCGGAACGGCGUAUAAAUUCAGAGUAGCCGCGGUCAACUCGUGCGGACGGGGCGAAUGGAGCGACGUAUCGGCGUUCAAAACCUGCCUACUAGGGUUCCCCGGAGCUCCUUGCCAAAUUAAAAUAUCUCGGACUGCCGAAGGUGCUAGAUUGCAAUGGGAGCCACCCACCCUGAUCUCAGGUGAAAUCCUAGAGUAUUCUGUUUGUCUGGCUGUGAAAUCAUCCCAGAAUUCCGGCACAGUACCGUUGAAAGAUUUGCCAUUUAAAAGGGUCUACUGCGGUAUCGAGAAUCAAGCUUUCGUCGAUAACCAAUCGUUGACAGCUGCCCAUGUCGACGUGACCACCAAACCCGCCAUUAUAUUUCGUAUAGCGGCCAGAAACGAAAAAGGGUACGGGCCAGCGACCCAAGUUAGGUGGUUGCAAGACAUGUCUCCGUCCAAAAACCACAACGAACAUUCCAAAAAAGAUGCCAAUCGUAAGAAACUUUCUAAACUACGUGUACCUUCGUAGAAACGUGCCAUCGGACUUCGGAGUCAAAAUCUCUUUUAAUUAUUAUUAUUGUUAUCAUUUUUCCUACCUUUCUCCCCCCCCCCAGCCCCAUCCUCUCCUCUUUGAUUGUUGAGCUUUUUUUCCUAGUGUAUUGUACGUAUUUGUAAGCAACGAGUAUCAACAAUUGUGCCAAACCAGUGAUAAGUAUUGGCGUAAGGAACGCUGCCAAUCAAACGAGUGUUCAUAUCAAGUCGAGUUUAUAUACGCAUCUCGGUUCUCUUUUAUUCUCCCUUUCCUGCCUGAACCGAUUUAAUUGUAAGCGUUAAUACAUAAUAAUUAUGGUGUUUGGAAUGACUUUCUUAAUGUUUUUUUUUUUUUUUUUUUUUAAUCUAAAGUGGAAUUACGGAUGUGGAUUUAGUUUACUAUGAUUGUACCGUUCUUUUUGUGGGCUAUGUCGUAUUGUUUUCUAGUCUUCACUAGGUAUAAGUUAUUCUGUAAUGUUUUGCUCAGAAAUUUCUGUUUCGUCGAUCAUCAUGUUUCCACACUGGUUUUUUUCUCAUUUCAUUCACGUGUUUAUGGAAUACAUGGUCAUUGGUCGUUGUUUUUAUUAUUCAUUACUAUGGAUUAACUAUAUUGUAAGGUUUCUUUGAAAUAUUUUGUAAUAUAAUAUUUUUGUUGUUUUUUUCUA